AUUUGUUGCUUGAUAUACACGUAACUUUUGUUUUAUUUAUAAUCUUUGGUCAUGUCACCCAAAAGUCUUGUUAAAACUAAUUUUGGCUUCUGCAACUUCUGUUUUUAAUUUAUAAUUUUUCUGGAGAAAUUUAUAUAAAAUUGUUGAAUCUCUUCCUUAAUAGUUGAUUCAAAGCAUCUAAAAUGAUUAUGUCGUCUCCCUUAAUAUUUGCUUACCGAAAAAUGUGAAAAAAUUAAACUUGGCAGCAUUUAUUGUCGGCUUCUUUUAGUACUUUAAUACGUUUUGUGAUAUUAGGAGAAAGCAUUGGAAAAUUUCUUAAUAAUUUUUAAAUGAAUUUCGCUAUUAAUUCGUGAAUUUAAUAAAAAACGCGAGAGGUUACCUUAAAAAAAAACAAUAUGAAUCCAGUUGACAUGGUCGAGGAGGAUGCUGCUGAUUUGCAAUUUCCUAAAGGAAAUUUAUCAACAAAGAAACGGAAGAUGUUAAAUGCUCUGGCAGACGAGGGUACCAAAUACAAAAUAUCUUAUUACGACGCUCAACAAUUGCAGCGUUUGCUCGAAGAAAAUCGUAAACAUCAAGUGGAGGAGAUUCAAGAAGUGAGAUUAUUGUGUAGUGCUUGUCAAAAUUGUGUCCGAGAACCUUAUAUUAAAUGUCCCGAAUGCGAAAGUAUAUUAUGCUUGGAGUGUUUCGCCAAAGGUUGCGAAACCGAAAAACAUCGCAACAAUCAUUCUUACAUUAUAAUAAAAGAUGAUAUACAAGUGUUUUCCGGUGCGGCUAAUUGGACAGCGAAAGACGAACGUUGUUUGUUGGAAAGUUUACGGGUGCAAGGCUACGGUAAUUGGGACGCGAUAGCCAAAUCGUUACAAUAUCGCUUCACUGCCGCUGAAUGUCGCCAGCAUUAUCAUGAUUAUUAUUUUGGUGGCAUAUUCGAACGUUUAUUGGGUUUGCAGCAUAUCGAAAAUUGUUAUGUACCCCAACGGACACCUUACAUGGUGAAAAUGAGAUCAGUAGAUCCGCCUCGACAUGACGAUAUAGCUUCUAUGCAAUUUAAAUUAAUGGCCGGAUACCGUUGUGCACGCGGGGAUUUCGAUACACCAUAUGACGUAUCAGCUGAAAAUUUGCUGACAAUGAUACUACAAGCCGAUGAUAACUUAAGUGACAUAGUAGAGGAGGAAGAUUAUAGUCAGGAUAGAUUCCUCAUUGAAGAACUGAAAUGUGCUUUAGUAAGAGCAUAUAAUCAUCGCUUAAAAGAAAGACAACGGCGUUAUGAAAUUAUGCGCGCUCAUGGGUUAAUCAUGGCCAACCGCUCUUUAAGCUGGAUAACUAAAUAUGCUGAUGCCUUAUUAUCCGAAACAAAUUGUAAAAGAUUUCUGGCCUUCAUGCAACUGUGCACACCUUAUCAAUUUGAUCUGCUGUUAGAGGGAUUGAAAUAUUUUACUGAGCUGCAAAAAAUGUUGUUUCGAUAUUAUGAAUUAAGAGAAAAUGGUGUACGUACUUUGACAGGCGCGGGCAUAUAUUUCAAAAUGAAAAGAAAACGUUUACAUGACCAAAAAGAACAACAGAAUAUAGAACGUUUGCGCUAUAAAUAUGACUGGCGUAAAUUACUGCCCACUAUCCAUAAUAAGCAGUUGGCGGAUAAAUUAAUACAGCCUACACUUGCCACAGUUCCAAGAAAAAAGGCCGGACCCAUAGAUAUAAUAGGUUUGCCUGGUUUUGUUAAACUUGACGAGGCCGAACGACAAUUAUGCAGUGUGGUUCGUUUAGUACCUCAAGCUUAUUUGGAUUAUAAAAAUCUUCUCAUAAGCGAAAAUUGCAAAUUAGGUCAUAUUAAGUUGGCCGACGCAAGACGUCUCAUAAAAAUAGAUGUUAAUAAAACGCGACAAAUCUUUGAUUUUCUCAUAGAACACGGUCAUAUCAAUAAAAGUUAUUAAUUUCAUUACGAUUCACGUAUAAACUGGCGCUUGUUUAUUUACAUUUAAAACAAACUUAUUUUUAAAAAUUGUCCAAAUUUAAUAAGAAAAUGUAUUUAAUAAUA